GCCUGGCUCUUUCCAAGGUGUUCCUUUGGGAAACUGUUUAUUGUCCCCUUGACGGUUGUCCGUACCCUAUUUCUCGCCUACCAUGUCUGGAAUCUGUAGACCACGUCUUGCCGAGGAGCGCAAGCAAUGGAGAAAGGACCAUCCCUUCGGAUUCUAUGCGAAGCCGGUGAAAACUGCAGAUGGCUCCAUGAACCUCAUGGAGUGGGAAGUGGGUAUUCCUGGAAAGGCUGGUACGCCUUGGGAAGGUGGUCUUUUCAAGCUUACCAUGACAUUCCCCGAAGAUUAUCCGUCUAAACCACCGAAGUGUAAAUUCACGCCCCCUCUCUUUCAUCCAAAUGUCUACCCGUCAGGAACUGUCUGUCUUUCCAUCCUUGACGAAGAAAAGUCAUGGAAACCAGCAAUCACCAUAAAACAAAUUCUCCUGGGCAUUCAAGAUCUUUUGGAUGAUCCAAAUGUAAACGAUCCGGCGCAAAGCGAUGCCUACACCAUGUUCAAAAACGACAAGGUUGCCUACGAGCGAAGAAUCCGGCAGCAAGCCCGGGAGAAUAUACCGAAAUAAAGCAAUACUUAUGUGUCUGUAGUUAUCUCUGCAAUGAGAACAUCAGAAUUUCAACUA